CACCCUCAGUAGCAGAGGUUUCGGGAAAUUGAAUCGACCAUAGCAGAAGUUGGACGGAGACUGGAGUUAAACGCUUUGGAGAGUAAAACGGUUUGAAAAGAGUUGGAGGUGUUGGUCCUCAGCCACCUCAGCAGGAUGCUGUCGCGGCGGAUGCUGUGGGGCGCUGUGGCGCGUCAGAUCGCUCCGCGUCUGACUUACAGCACUGCAGCACAGCCACAGGUGAAGACAAAAAAGACCAAGUUUGGCCCUCUUAGCGACCAAGAUCGGAUAUUCACCAACUUAUAUGGUCGACAUGACUGGAGACUCAAGGGAGCACUAAAAAGAGGAGACUGGUAUAAGACCAAACAGAUCAUACUGAAGGGAUCAGACUGGAUAUUGAAUGAGGUUAAAAUCUCAGGGCUUCGGGGCAGAGGUGGAGCAGGCUUCCCCACUGGAAUGAAAUGGAGCUUCAUGAACAAACCCAGUGAUGGCAGGCCUAAGUAUCUGGUGGUGAAUGCUGAUGAAGGGGAGCCAGGGACGUGUAAAGACCGUGAGAUAAUGCGUCACGACCCCCAUAAGCUGUUAGAGGGCUGCCUGGUGGCUGGAAGAGCAAUGGGUGCCCGUGCUGCAUAUAUCUACAUCAGAGGAGAGUUUUACAAUGAGUCAUCAAAUCUACAGGUGGCUAUUAAUGAGGCGUACAAAGCAGGGCUGAUAGGGAAGAACGCCUGUGGCUCUGGGUAUGACUUUGACGUGUUUGUGAUGCGGGGAGCUGGAGCCUACAUCUGUGGGGAGGAGACAGCCCUCAUCGAGUCUCUUGAGGGCAAACAAGGGAAACCCCGACUCAAGCCACCAUUCCCUGCAGACAUAGGGGUGUUUGGAUGCCCGACGACAGUUUCCAACGUGGAGACGGUUGCUGUGGCGCCUGCGAUCUGUCGUCGAGGCGGAGCCUGGUUUGCAAGCUUUGGGAGGGAGAGGAACUCUGGGACCAAGCUGUUCAAUAUCUCCGGUCACGUGAACACACCAUGCACAGUGGAGGAAGAGAUGUCUAUUCCUCUGAGGGAGCUAAUAGAGAGACACGCAGGAGGAGUGAGGGGUGGCUGGGACAAUCUAUUAGGAGUUAUCCCAGGGGGAUCCUCCACUCCCAUCAUCCCUCAGCAUGUGUGUGAUGACGUUUUGAUGGAUUUUGAUGACCUGGUCCGUGCAGAGACUGCUCUGGGAACUGCGGCCAUUAUAGUUAUGGAUAAAUCGACCGAUGUGAUUCGAGCCAUUGCACGUUUGGUUGAGUUCUACAAACAUGAGAGCUGUGGCCAGUGCACCCCCUGCAGAGAGGGUGUGGAUUGGAUGGAUAAAAUGAUGUGGAGGUUUGUGCGAGGAGAGGCAGCAGUUUCAGAGAUCGACAUGAUCUGGGAGCUGAGCAAGCAGAUCGAGGGACACACUAUCUGUGCCCUCGGGGACGGAGCCGCUUGGCCUGUGCAGGGCCUAAUCCGUCAUUUCCGGACAGUGAUGGAGAGCCGCAUUGGUCAGUAUAACAAGAAAAACCCUCCAAGAGAGCCAGAGAUAGAGAUGAUCUGAAAGUGUGCAGAUGUCCAUU